CGUGCAAGGCGUCAGUCGUAAAAUUGUGCGUCGCGGUUUGUGGUGUCCGUCGUCGUGUUUGUGCGCAAGCGCUACAACAAAGUUCUCACGUGCGUUUGUUGUUGUCGUUGACCUUUGUGUAGUUGCUGUUACGCCGAAGAUCAUUUGUUUGUUAUUGUUUUCGUUUCGUCAACGACCCGCUAAUUCCUAUCGUCAGGAAAUCCGUCAACUUCGCAUUAUGUUCAGGAUGUCAUAUUAUUGAUUGACAAAGCUUCGAACUAAAGUUUGCAAUGAGACUAGGCCGAAGAUAUUUAGAGCUCAUGGUUUCCGUCAUCAACCCGUCAUCGUCGCCGGCGGCUCCUUGUCGUAGCCCGUUGGCACCAUUGGCUUCAUUUGAAUCGCCUGGUUCGGAAUUCGACUCUAACAGCACUAGAUCUGAGAAGAUCUGCCCGUUCCGUGAAUUUAUUUUAAGCGAUAAAUGGAGACAGUUAUUUGACAAGUAUGAUCCCGAAGGUUUUGGAGAGAUCCCGUGGAAUGAUUUCUUAGUUUUACUCAACACACCCGAGUUUGUUCAAUUAAUUUCCCAAGAGAAACGGGAGAUGUUCAUUGAACGAUACCGGCAAUCGAACAAGACGGCCAUCACUUUCCAGGACUUUGUCAACCUGAUGACCGGAAAGCGGAGGAGAAGCUUUAAAUGUGCCAUUCAUCACAGAGACAAAGAAGUUAACAGUGAAAACGAUUUUCAUAUAUUACUAAAAGAACCUACCCUACAACAAAAAAUGGUACGUUUAGUAGCAGAGGAGUUCUUAACGGACGAAAGAGAUCGAAAAUACUACGCGGACAACUAUCGAUGCUGUCCACCACCUCUGUUUAUUCUCCUGAUAACGAUUUUUGAAUUGGGAACUUAUUUAUAUUAUUAUUCAUUAACAUUGGGUUCGACACCAGCGCCGAACGACAUAUGGGCAUCAGUUGCAGCUCCAGUACCAAUGGACAGUGUGUUCAUCUAUAGGCCAGAUAAAAGACAACAGUUAUGGAGAUUUAUGUUAUACAUGUUCCUUCAUGUUGGAUGGGUUCAUUUGAUAUUCAACCUAAGUGUUCAGCUUCUCGUGGGGCUUCCGUUAGAAAUGGUACAUGGCUCCCUUCGCAUAGGCGUUGUUUAUAUGGCGGGCGUACUUGCAGGAUCUUUGGGCACAUCUGUAUUCGAUAGCAAUGUGUAUCUUGUUGGUGCGUCUGGUGGUGUAUACGCUCUUUUAGCCGCUCACUUGGCCAAUGUACUGUUGAAUUAUAAUAACAUGGAAUUUGGAGUUUUUCGAUUACUAGGCAUUCUUUUUAUCGCAAGUGUAGAUGUGGGUUUCGCUGUAUACUGCCGUUACGCUUUUGAACCUUCUUCUAAUGCUCCUCCAGUAAGUUACGUGGCUCAUAUUGCUGGUGCUUUGGCAGGCCUGACCAUAGGACUAUUGGUUUUGAAGAAUUUCGAACAAAAGCUCCACGAACAACUUAUAUGGUGGUUUGCAUUAGGAGUAUACGCCAUGUGUACUCUUUUCGCAGUUGCCUACAAUUUAAGUCAUCCUGGUUAUUAGCAAUAAAUAACAGUUAUCAUACGUUUUUAAAACGAUGUUAAAGAUGGCUUCGACUUUAAUUGUUGCCCGAACUCACUAAUAAUAAUAAUUAAUAAACGAUUAUUAUUAUUAACAUUUAUUCUUCCAUGUGUAAAUCUUCAUACUGUCCAUUUUUUUUUCUGUUUUCUCUAAUUUUGUUUAAAUUAUUAUUAUUUUAUUUAUAUUAUUAUGUCUGUGAUUUUUUUUCCAUGUUUACAAUUAUUAUUAUUAUUAUUAUUAUUAUUAUUACUUUCAUUUGGAUGAAUCUCGCGACACAUUUUUUUUUUUUUUGGAACUCACAUUUUCUUGAAUAAUAUCAUAGUUUAUUAUGAAAUAUGAACUUCUCUUAAAUAAUAUAAAAAACUUUUAUUGAGUUAUUAUCAUUACAAUUAUUUCCAUUACUUAAAAUUAUUUUAAAUAAUAUUUUGUGCAAAAUAAAUACUUUUCUUGAGACAAUUAGUUGUAGUAUAAGCAUGUUCAAUAUUUAUAAUGUGUAAAUAUUAAAACAAUUUUCAGAUCUUACUAUUAUAAUUCAAAUGUAUUAGAAACUGCCAAUAUCUAUGUUUAACUAUGAGCUUUUAUUAUGUUUUUAAAAUUCAAAUCUUAGAAUUAUUUAUAAGUUCCAAAUAAAUAAAUAAAUAAUUGAACUUCUACAUAAAUAAUUGUUAAAACUAAUUUUUUUAAUAGUUCCUCUUAAAACUUAUAAAAAAAACAAGUAGAAUUGCUCAACAGUAUAAAAAUGUGUACAUUUAUAGUAAUUAAAUUAAUUUAACACUUGCAAACAUAUUCACGUUAUUUAUGUUGAAAAAUUGAGUUUACAUUUUAUGUAGUUAUUAUAUAAACAUCUAUUUUAGAGUAAACCUGUAAAUAUUAAUUAAAUAAUUUAUAUAUACAUUAUUAAUACAAUAUUGAUACUUGUCAUUACGUAAAUCUAGUCAUCAACUGUAAUUUAUUUAAUUCUAUGUCUUAUUAAUGAUAACUUAGUUGUAUCUACUGUUUUUUCUCAAAUAAAACAAUUAUAUUAUAUAAAUGUCUAAUACCCAGAUAAAUUGUUUAUUGAAUAGUUACUAUUAUUAUUAUUAACCAAAAUACAAAAAAUAAAUAAAUACAAUAUUGUAAUAAAGAAUGUUUACUUAUACAUAAAAUAAAAACGGCAUUUAUAUAUUUUGA